GCCAAUAUCCUGUUGGACCGUUUGAGGAUCGUGACGUGGUGAUUGGUCACUUAACUACCUACCUAAACUAUUUAGUUAGCGUUAACUACAUUGCGAUUACGUCGCUUGACGUGAGCGAUAUAUAUUUCUGAGUUUUAGUUUAUGUGGAAUAAAACGUGUAUUCGGUUGUUUUGACGGGAAUCAAACUGUUUGCUGCUGAUUUGUCUGAUCAUCAGGGCUGUGUGAUCGUAUCUGCUGUGACUGACAGACCAGAACUGAUCCGGCGGCAACAUGAAGCUCUACAGCCUCAGCAUCCAUUACAAAGGAGCGACCAAAGCCAACCUCCUCAAAUCGGCCUAUGAUCUCUCCUCCUUCAGCUUCUUUCAGCGCUCCAGUGUUCAGGAGUUUAUGACCUUCACCAGUGCCUUGAUUGUUGAACGGACAUCACAAGGGAGCCGUGCCUCUGUCAAAGAACAAGAGUACCUGUGCCAUGUGUAUGUAAGAAAUGACAACCUGAGUGCUGUGGUCAUCGCAGACACUGAAUACCCACAGAGAGUCUGUUUCACAUUGCUAGACAAGGUAUUAGAGGAGUUCUCCAGGCAAGUGGACAGUAUAGACUGGCCCUCUGGUAAUCCUGAAACCAUAAACUACAAAGCCCUGGAUAUUCACCUUUCUAAAUACCAGAACCCCAGGGAAGCAGACGCAAUGACCAAAGUGCAGGCAGAGCUGGAUGAGACAAAGAUCAUUUUGCACAACACCAUGGAAAGUCUGUUGGAGAGAGGAGAGAAACUGGAUGAUCUUGUGGCAAAGUCAGAGCACCUGGGAAACCAGUCCAAAGCCUUCUACAAGACUGCACGGAAACAGAACUCAUGCUGUGAAAUCAUGUGAUGUCACUGCCUCGUCCUCGUGGACACGCCUCUCUCUGCCUUUCUGCUUUUCCUACAACUCCCAUCAUGCACCAGCUACCUGCUCUCAACACAAAGGACAGAACGGACGCUGUCCAAUCCAGGGUGGGGUGCCAGGAUAAGAGCAAGAAAGGGUGGUGGCCAGUCAAAGCAUGACCCGUCUGGAUUGUGACUGAUGGGGGCUGAAGGAGUGAUGGGGUUUGGUCAGGGGAAGAAGUAACAUUUGAAUUAUUUUUAACCUUUCAAAGGUUAAACAUCUGUGUGGUGUUUCAAUACCAGCUGAGGAAUGAUAGUGUGACAUUGUGUAUCGGUGAUGUGUUGUUGAAACGUCUUCAAACCAUUUAAUGUUGUUAAGAUUCAAUCAAAUCUUAAUAGUUUGAUUUCAACUCUUGAAAGAGUAUUAACCAUGGUUGUGCUUCUGCUUCAAGGCAACUCUGACAAUCUCACUGUCUUAUCUUGUGAAUUCAUAAAAUAUGUCACAGUUUUGGUUCAGUUCUUCAAAACCUAAAUAGUUUUUUUUGCAGGCAUAACCUUUGUUGUGCACUAGGUGGCCCUGUUUAUUUACUUUAUUAUUCCAAUGAGCCUCAGUGUUGAGGUCAGUCUUAAAAACUCUAAUGUGAGCCAAGACAGCAAGUGGCUGCUUGGACGUGUGAUAUUAAAACUCACCGAAUUUUACAAUGAUUUUGAAACAUCAUUGCUAGACUGGAUUAAGUUACACAACUUCUUUACUUUUCUCUGUCUCAUAGUGUUAAAUGAAAUCUUAAAACAUUCCCACUUUGGGUGAGUGUGUUAGUGAGUGAUGAUGCGUUUUAAAGCUGAUGAGUAGUGGGAGAAUGGGUGUAAAAGAUGUUUCUUCAUAGACGCAGCCUUAUUGCAGUGUGGCUAACAUGUAACCCCCCCUGUCCUGUAUUAACAUGAUAUUGUCUCAUGAGAAGAAUGCUCUUUUACUGUGUCUACUGUAGCCAUGCUUUACACUCUUGAUAGCCAACACACAUGACACUUAAGCAGGUUUUUAGAGUCAGACCUCUGCAGUCCAGGGCUCGUCUGUACCUCUCAAACCUGGGAUUGCUGACAUUUUACCAUCAUUUAUUGUGACUGAGGGCAUUCCAGCAACACCUUGGGUGCUGUUGCACCCUCUGGCCUCUUAUUGUGUGCUAGUCAAGUUUCUCUUAAAAUGGGUAUAACUUCUGAAAAGAGAACAGACAUAUGUUGAGUGAUUUCACACCCCAGUCUUGUUUUAAGACACUCCACAGCUGACUUUUGUUUUUUUGUUUUUCUACUGUCAGCACUGUUUGCUUUGCAUUUAGGUCUGACUGGGUAGAAAUUUCUUCUGCUAAACGGUUUAAGAUAAAGUGAUGCCUUCGGUUGUGUAUUUUAGAUGUUUCUCUGCUCGCUUUCUGUUGUAUGCGUGUAUGAUUUGCUGAUAUACAACAUUUGCAGGCUGCAUUGAUGUUGAGUGCCUGUGUGUGAGGACUGUUGUGUGUUUGUGUGUGUGUGUGUGUGAUCUGAAUAGCUCUUUAUGCUUUUACAGUGUAAACUUUUGUGCAAUAUCUCUGCAGACUGCUGGCGUAUUUCUCUUUUAAAGUAGAGAGAAUAAAUGGAAAUAUUUCUCAUAAAGGACAGUAAAUUGACCUUUGUAUAUGCUAUUCUUAUGACUAAUUCCCAUGUUAAGCGUGUCCAGGGUUGUUUCUGCGAUGUUUGCUCCAUUUUGGUUUUAAAUUUCCAAUUGAUUUGCUGAAUUUGGAAUCCGUCAAAUAUUCUGUAGCUAUUUGUAAGUCAGGUCUUACUGACCAGUGUGUUUAACGGCCUGCAUUAAACGUUUUGAUCCAGAUGUGGUCUGCAAAUUUAAAACAAAGACUUCAGAUAAUAAACUGUUCUUUUCUGUCUGUAUUAA